AUGGCGAUCUGUACUUACAACGCACGUACGCUUGCAUCGGAAGCGGCCAUCGAAGAUCUGAUGAUGCAAGCCAAGAAGAUCAAGUACGACGUCAUCGGACUGACCGAGACGAGACGAUGUCACCCUCUCAACGCCGUAUAUGAAACUGGAGAAGAACUGUUCUUAGGAACAUGCGACAGUAGAGGUGUUGGUGGAGUUGGCGUCCUCGUCAACACGAGUAUUGCAAAGAACAUCGACUCUUUUGAACAACUUACGACCCGAAUCGGACGUCUGCGGAUGAGAAGAUGUGGCCCAAUACCAGCUUUGACCAUCUUCGUCGCUUACGCUCCAACAUCAAGCUACGAAGAAGAAGUCGAAGCUUUCUAUAUGGACCUGGAGAAGUUCUACCAAGAAGAUCAUGCCUUCUACAAGGUCAUAAUUGGCGAUUUCAACGCCAAGAAGCUCUCCUCUCUACGCUGGACGUGGGAUUCACCCGGUGGAGGGUACCGUAAUGAAAUAGACCACAUCAUCGUCAAUAAAAGGUUCUGCCUGACGGACGUCGGUGUUGUACCAAAGUUCUAUACGGGAUCGGACCAUCGCCUCCUCCGAGGAAGAUUUUCCUUCACAAGGAGAGCAGAGAAAGCCGCCAAGUUCAGAGAGAGAAAUCCCAGGACUACCAUCAACUGGGAUCUCUUCACAACGUUAGCCGGCUUUGGGGAAGAUUCCGCAAUGGACGACAUCGACGAGGAAUAUGACCGGCUUGUCGAACACCUUCACGACUGCGCGAAGAAGGCUGAGACAGCACGAGCCGCAGGGAACCAAGAACUCACGUCCGAGCUCGCAAGGCUUUGCAGAGAGGCGAUAAAGGAAGACCUUAAAGAGAGAAGAGCAGAAGUGCUGGCUGAAGCUGGAGAGGCGGGGAAAAGCAUCCGCUAUGCCCGUCGAGACUUCGCCAGUCGCAAGACAAGGAUGACUGCUCUCCGGAACCCAAAGGGAACAUCCAUUGCAUCGAGAAGGGGGAUGGAGAAAAUCAUCUACGACUUCUACUCUGAUCUCUUCGACAGCCAUGUCCACUUGUCUUCUCACCAUCUGAGGGAAGACGGACAAGUCAUUUCAGAGGUUCUCCCGUCCGAAAUACGACAUGCUAUCGUGUCGGUAAGAAAUCGUACGGCACCCCGUCCCGAUAGAAUAAGACCAGAACACCUGAAGAACCUUCCGCCAGUACUCAUCAACACCCUGGCGAGGCUCUUUACACGUUAUCUGUCGGAAUGCAAGGUUCCUAACCAGUGGAAGACCAGCAAGACCGUGUUGUUGUAUAAAAAGGGAGAUCCACAUGACAUCGGCAACUAUCGUCCAAUCUGCCUACUGUCCGUCAUCUACAAGCUCUUUACAAGAGUAAUCCUUAAUAGGAUUGAAAAAGUCUUGGAUGAAGGACAGCCAUGCGAGCAAGCAGGGUUUCGAAAAGGAUUCAGCACGAUUGACCACACUCACACUGUUUCGAAACUCACCGAGGUAUCACGAGAGUACAAGAUGCCGCUCUGUCUCACCUUCAUCGACUUGAAAAAGGUCUUCGACUGUGUGUCCAAGGCCUCCACGACCACUUCCGUCUCAACUGAGUCGUCAAGGCGUCCCUACUCAGUACAUAAAGCCACCCUCGAGAACGCAAUGCGACAGUUGGAAUGGGACGACAUGGGAGUGAAGGUUGACGGUCGGCAGCUACACCAUUUGCGCUUUGCUGAUGACAUCGUACUGAUAACACCUAAAAUCAGCCAAGCGGAACAUGUGGAUGCAUCGGGGGCUUGUGAGUGCAUCAAGGAUGAAGUAAAGAAGACCAGGAACAGCCGGCUCCGUGCUCACCUCUUUAACUCCACCGCACUUCCUGCUUUGACCUAUGCUUCGGAAACCUGGGUAUUUCGCAAGCAGGAAGAAAACGCGGUGAGCGUCAUUGAACGCGCAAUUGAGAGAGUGAUGCUAGGAGUAUCCCGUUUCACGCAAGUGAGGGACGGGAUUCGAAGUCCUCUCCUACGUCAGCGAUCGAAGAUUAGAGACGCCGCCGCGUUUGCCAAGGAAAGUAAAAUAAGGUGGGCCGGACACGUGAUGCGCUUUGAUGACAACCGUUGGAUCAGAGCCGUGAGCGACUGGGUUCCUCGCGACAUUAAGCACACUACAGGAAGACCGCUGACCCAAUGGUCAGAUUUCUUCACGAAGUCCUUGAAAGAAAAUUAUGAUGCUCUUCGUGUCCCACGCGAAAAGAGGAACCACUGGGCUACUCUGGCACUCAAUCGGGACAAAUGGAAGAAUUACCGGCGCCCACUCGACCAGUUCGAAGAUCAACGGGAGUCAAGGUGA